GCGGCACCGCGAGGCGGUGAGGAUGGACGCGAGCGACAGCGGCGGCGUGGACUGAACAGGAAGAGUUGAGGCGGGGGUCGCGGCUUCUGCAGGAGUAUGCAGGGAAGAUUGGAGGUUCUGGCCCUGGCCAGCAUCAAGCGAAGGAAGCCAUGGCCUCAGAUCAGAUGGAUGGGCCUGGACUCGGAGAACCUGCUGCUGCUGGACGAACGCCGCGCCUCGGUACUUUUCCUCCCGUCGGGACGAACGCGGCGCCGCGUUCCACGCCUCCACUCGCUGCUCCCGCGCGUCGUCGCCAUGGCUCCGUCCAGAAACGGCGCGUGGCUCGCUGGCGUGCUGGUGAGCGGGGAGUUGUUCCUGUGGCACAAGGACACGGACUCUCUGAAGACGGCACCCGCCCACCCGGCCGUGCUCGCGCUCACGAGCAGAGCGGGCGAACAAGGAUCGAACGCCCGUCUGUGGGUGCUCCCCUCGGACGAGGGCCGGCGCGUGCUGCUGGGGGGGGCCCCGGACGGGCCCCUCCUGUGGGAGUUGCGCGGGGUGGAUGGCCCCCUGCACGCCGUGCCAGGCUCAUCCCUGCUUGGCCGCUGGGCUCAGCUGCCUCCGCCUAGCGACGUGCCGCUGCCCGGCGCCGCCGACAAAGAGGCCGCGGCGCACGCGGUGUUCUUCACAGAUCCGCUGGGCGAUUGCUGCCUCUGCUCGUUUGUGUUCAGCGCUGGCCAGAGUCUCAUCAUAUCGAGCCUCCUCUCCGCUGGCUUCGACGGCUCGGACGCGCUCUUCAGCAUGACCGCCGCUAUUGCCGAUGCCUUUCCCCAGCGUGGCGCGUUCAGUGCCACGUGGCACGGGUUUGCCUGUGCAUUGGGCUCCCUCUCGCCGGCGUGCGAGGCGGUGAAGUCGCGCGGAGCGUACGUGGCGCGUCUCUCCAGCGACGGGCACGUGCUCGCCAUCGCCGUCAACCAGAGGCACCCUCAGGUCAGCCACCAGGUGCUGUUCACGUCUGCGACGGGCGGCGUCUCGGUGUCCUCCCACCUGCAGGGCUGCGGCUUCCGUGGCCCCACCCUGCUGCCCAAGUUCAUCAGGUCGUACUGGGUGAGCGACGCGAGCUGGCUGAGCGGGGACGCGCUGCUCGCGUGCAUGCUCAAGCGCGGCGCUCUGCUUCUCGUGUCUCGCCUCGGGGAGCCCCUCACGCUGUCCACGCACGGCUGCUCGGUGGAGUUCGGUCCGGCCCUCUUCAUCCCUCUCCACCCCCUCGUCACGUACAGCGCCAGUGGCAGCGCCGACGCGACGGCGUCGCACGGCUCGGCCGCCUCCGAGGCGGACGCCCUGCGCCAGCGGUUCUCCGUGAGCGCGCACCCCCGGCUGCCCUUCCUGCUCGCCUCCGAUGGGUACGUGGUGACGGUGAUGCGUUUGGGCGGUGAGCUGGCGCCGGCGAGGCUGGUGCAGGCUGCGCUGGAGGACGUCCACCGCACGCUAGAGGACGUCCGCAUCGGCUUGGCGGCAUCGCGGCUUCCUGGCGAGGCGGUGCUGCUACGGAGCCUGUCGGUGCUGGGCGCGCCGCCCCCCGGUGAGACGGUGACGGUGGACGCCACGGCGGCGCCACCGCCGCUACCGCCGCCCCCCUUUCUGCAGCAAGACCCCGACGAGUGGUCCUGUGGGGGCCACCGAGCUCUGCAGGGCGACGACCUCUACGACGACCUUUCGGACGAAGAGGAAGGGGGGGCGGGGGAUGCGGGUGGAGGGGGGGGCCCCGACCCCCACCCGUACGUGCGCAUGGAGCACGGCCGCGUGGAGUUUGCGGGGAUGCACGAGGAAUCCCGGACCGCCGAGGGGGAGACGGAGCUGACGGCGGCGGGCGGCGCCAUCGCGGGCGGCGCGGAUCUCUCGGCCCGGCUCUCGUUCGCUCAGCGCCGGCUGCUCGUCGCGUGGCACCUGCUGCUCACUCUCAGGGAUGUCGACUUCUGGGACACCUGGAUGACCUUCACCGUAAAGUGCGUGGCCCGCCUGUCGGUGCUGCUGCAGUUCUCCGAUCGGCCCCGCGGCAGCGCCGGCCCCGCCGGCAAAGCCGCGUCACGCUCCGUGCGCCGCGACCCCUGGCCCUUCGCGGUGCUGCAGCUCUUCCGGCGCUGCGCACUGGUGCUCUGCUGGCCCGGCGAGCCCCUCCCCCUACCCCUCCACUGCGGUCACCGCCGGCGCCGGCACCGCCGGUCCCUUCCGUACGGCGCUCGGCUGAGCCUGGAGGUGGCGGCGGCGCUGCUGAGCGGGCGCGCUGACACCGGCGACACUCGCGCGCACCUGCGCUCGCUGCUCGCCGCUCUUUCCUUGCUGUCCUUCGCUGAGGCGUGGCUCGACCGCGCGUGCGGGCUGGUGCCGGCACCGGCGCCAGAUCCGCCGGUCCAACCGCCGCUCCCCGAACCGUGCCUUGCGUCGCCGGUAGAGCCUCCCGGCGUGGACGACGAUGAGGCGCCGGCAGAGGUGGCGAUGGAAGAAGCGAUGGCAGAUUCCGUACGAGAGGGGCUUGGCACUGGUGUGGAGCUCUACGCCUUGUGCCAUGCACCGGCAGCGGCAGACCGGCGGGUGGCGCCGACUCUAUCCGGGCGGGUCGCGGUGGCGGGGCCGGAGUGGCUCAGGUCCGUCCUGCACCUCCCCGCACGCAGCGCCGGCAGAGAGAGUAGCCGGCCGGCACACAGGCUCGUCGCCUGCUGGAGGCUGCUGUACAGACACGUUUUGCAGUUCCAGCAGCAGCUGCAGCUGCAGCGGCGGCACGGUGCUGAUGACUGUGACGACGGGGCCGCCCAGGAGCGGCUGGUGGCCUCGCGUAUCGCUGCGGCGGUGCAGGCGCGCCUGCAGUGCGUGGACGGGAGCUUUCCACGGCAGAGACCGUUGCUUGAUAUCACCGGAGAGGAACUUUACCUGAGCGGCUCAUACCACGAGGCAGUGCACACCUGGCGGAGGGCGGUGCUGGAAGACACCGACUCAGGGGGGAGGCGUGGCGCUCACCUACAGACGCGGCACUGCCUGGCGCUGCUUUACGCUCACCUGCACGCGCUCCACCUGCUCCCCGCACUCUGCCUGUGCGACCGCAUGGCCGCACGCCUCCUGCAACCGCACACCGACACAGCGCCGGGGAUUUGUGAGCGGGCGGCGCUGGCUGUGGUUCGCUCCAUGGGCCGGUUCAUGGCGGCAUACUUCACCAACCGUGCACUCUACGUGUUCCCACCGCACAGCGUGCAGACGCUGCCGCCGCUGCACACGACGGCAGCUCCGCCCCAGCGGUGGCGCUUGCUGCCGGUGAGCCGCGCCGGCGUGAGCGCGAGCGCCCGGGCCCAGCGCGUGUCGUCGGCCUGGAGCCCCGAGUACGCGCUGGAGCUGCUGCUCGUGGCGGGGCUCCACGCGGAGGCCGUGUGGCUCGCGCGCACGCUCGGCGACUGGAAGACGGCGGUGGCCGUCGGCCUGGCGUACCGCUCGCACGACCACCACCACCAAAACCGCCACCUCCACCGGCGCCGCCACAACCGCAGUCUAGCUGGCGCCGAUCCCGCGGGGCCACCGCGGGUGUCGCUGCAACUCCCCGACGAGCUCCGACCCGCAAGGAUCUUGCAGGAGAAGCUGCAGGCGCUGCUGCAGACGCCUUUAACGGCGCCGCAGAUGGACCCGGACGGAGCUCGGGCGGCCGAUGUAACAGCCGGCACCGCGUCCGACUCCGCCGCCGCCGCCGACGAGGAGGGAGAGGACGAUGCCCCGGACGCCCUGCUCGCCGCGCUGCGCGAGAUGCUGCACGCGGCCGCCAUGGCCGGGGUGGACGCGCUGGGCCCCGCGCUCGCCGGCGCCGUGGGGGCGGCCCGGGAGCGCGCCGGGGGCGGCUGCCUUGCCGGGCUGGUGCCGCCGGGCCUCUACCUGCCGGCGCCGCCGCUGUACUGCCCGCAGCUCGGCGUGGAGCUGCAGGAGGGUGACGACGCGGCGCUGGCGCAGGAGAAGCGCUCCCGGCACGGCGCGUCGAGCGCGCUGCAGCGGGCGCUGGCGCUGCUGCGCGCGUCGCGCUGCUCCCUCCCCGCCGCGCAGUGGUACAUCCGCCGCCUGCAGAGAGUGCGGCGCACCGUGGGCAAGAUCCGUGCCAAGGAGGGGCGGCCGCCCCCCAAGCCGCUGCCCCCCUCCCUGCUGGCGUACACGAGGAUGCGGGGAGUCGCGCUCGAGCGAGCCGGGGCCGAGGGGCAAGGCACGACGGCGCGCGUUCUUGGUUGCUUCCGUGAGCUCUGUGCCCUCUGCUUCCUGCUGCACAUGCGCGACCGCCUCUCCGAGUGCUGCCGCAAGUACCAGGCGGCGCACGACAGCCUGCACAGCGUGCAGCAACAGCGCGGCUCGGUGUUCGCGUUCGACGGCGCGGUGACGGCGCAGUGCGAGGCGGUGUUGGCGUGGGCCUGCCGCCUGCUGCCCUUCGCACGCUUCCUGCACGCCGAGGAGAUGCUGCAGGACCUCGUGCUCAGCCUCGUCGCAGAGCUGCCCCCCACACGACAGAUGGUGGAGAUUCUGGCGCAGGCGUUCCCGGACGCGGAGGGGGUGCGCGUGCCGCUGCAGGACAAACACCGCUCGCUGCUCAAGCGCCUGCGCUUUGUCUACGUGCAGGACGCAGGGGAGGGGUCGUCGGAGCAGCAGAGCGUGUCUCUGUGUCUGGACGAGCAGCAGGAACGCCGCGACCGCUUCCUGGCGCGCGUCGCACGCACCACGGGCCCCGUGCUCGCCCACAUCUGGGAGCCCGCCGCCAAUGACGACCACGGGGACGACGACGACGACGCCUCCGUGUCCGCCGCCAGGUUUCGUCCGCUGCUGCGCUCCGGUUCGGCCGACUCGGAGAGCGCCGGCAACGCGGACGAGCCGGCGGCGGCGGCGGCGGUGCUGGGGGCCCCGGAUCCAGGCGCGAGCAGAAAGCGGCCGGCGGUUCGGUGCUUCUCCGAUUCGCUGGUGCGGCACGGCGCCGUGCCGGGCGGGGGUUUGUCGGGGAGCAAGGCGCCGGCGUCGUCGUCGCCCUCGUCGGCCGGGGCGACGACGCCGGUGGCCGCGGCGGAGUCGUCGGGGAAGACGCCGGUGAGGAAGGGAUUGUCGCUCGACGGGCGGGUGGGCGCCGCGGCGAGGAGGAGACGGGCGAGCGGUGGUGACAGCAAAUCGCCGUUCCGCGAUGAGUGGUCCGAUCCCGGGAGCCGCGUUGCAGCCGGAAACGCCGGCACCGAUCUGGCGCACGGCACUGGCACAGAGGGAGCGGCGGCGGCGGCAUCGGCGUCGCUGCCGCCUGUCGGGAGCUGGGAGUUCGAGCUGGAGGACGACGAGUACCUGGACUUCCUCGACCUCUUCCUGGGCUACGUGCUCGAGCGUGACUUGGCGGGCGGCGCCGGGCAAGACGACGGGGCAGCCGACUCGGUGCCGCUGCUGGCGCCGUUCACCGAGCUGCUGCGGCGACGCGAGCUCACGUCGCUGGCGUUUGAGGCGCAGGCAAUGCUGAAGCGCUGGGUGGAGCGGCAAGGCGGCGCCCACCGGCCGCUGGCGCGAACUAACAGCCUCCCGGCGGCGCGUGAGCGCAAGCGCGGCCGGGCGAUCGCGGGGACCGGCGGCGCCACCGCCGCACCCGACGAGAAGCCUCCGUUUGAAGCCGGCACGCUCUACCCGGCGCUCGCCGGCCUCUACGCGGAGCUCCGUCCGGAGAGCGGCACGAGCGGGAACCGGUCUCGCGUGAGCCGGAGCGCGGACGCGGUUAAAGAACGUCCCGUACCGAGGGCAGCCGGCGCGACGGGGAUCGGCCCGGAGGCACCGUUCGCGAGAGUCGGCCCCUUCGGCCCCCCGCCCUCGAAGCUCUUCGAGGGCGCGAGGAGUAAACCGGCGCCGCUCGCCGGUGAGACGGUGCGGGAGGCUCCGAGCGGUGGGCUCUUCUGGGCGCGGCGGCAGGCGCAGGCGGAUGUAGGACGACUCCCGGCGGACGAGUCGGAGGGAUCGUGGCUCGAGUUGAGCAGCGCUGGCGCUUGGGGACGCCACCCUCGGCUGACCGGUGGCGCCCACGCAGCGGGAAAGUCCCGUGAAGGAGCGGCCGGAUCGCAGGAGGUGAGGGAGAGGAUGGCCAGCGCGGAGGGGAAGCUGCUGGAGUGGAUGGUGCGCUGGGCUGAUCGGCGCCGGCCCACGCCGGGACACCGCGCCAAAAGAGCGACCGGGGAAGGAGGGGACGGCGCGGUCAUGAGGGUUCGCACGUCCACGGCGGCCCUCCUCACCAGCCUGUGGUUGCUGGAGCGCCGGCAGGGCCAGCGGGGCGCCCCCAGCCCUGGGCAGCAGGACACGGUGGUGGGGUCGGCGCGGGUGAAGGUGUCGCAGCGAUCAUCGGAGAAGGGGGGCAGCACGGACACCGGAUACCACGGCUCCUCCGACACCCCGCCCCCUCCUCCCCGCACCACCGCCCAGCGCUCCAGGCUCGCUCGCCACAACUCGGCAGGGCCGGUGCUGGGUCCUCGGACGCAAGUGGCGACGGUUCACCCGGCGCUGGGGGAGGAGGAGGAGGAGGACCUCGCGACUCCCAUCGCUGGCGACGAGCUUGAGACGUCGGAUUCGGACGUCGACGACGUGCGAGACUCGCGGGACGACGACGCCGAUCGGCAGCUCGUACCACACGGACGCGGCCGGGACGAGUCGAGGGACGAGAGCUCGGGCGAGGGUAGCCGGGCCGAGUCGCCCACGUCAUCCCCGUGGUCGCCCACCGCCUCCGUCGUCAAGCCUUGCCGCAAGUCCAGCCUCAGCUUCCUGCGCGAGGAGGACCCUGGGCUUCAGCUGGGACUCCUGCAGCAGCAGGAGGGAUCUGCAUUCAGGACCGAUCCUUCGCUCCGAGCGGCGCCCACCGACGGGGAGUCGAUGGCGUCGCUGCACGGGGAGUCGAGGGCUCGGGCUGCGGGGGAGCUGAGGAGAGGGGGGCGCGGGGGGUCGAGCUACGCGGAGGGACCCCACGCUGCAGCCGACGCCGGCUCUGGGUCAUCGCGGGUCGCCUUCAUGGAGGAGGUUCAGCGCUUUGCCCAGACUCAGCAGCACAACUUCAUAUCCAUGAUGCAGGCAGUGGCGAUGUCACUGCCCGGCUUCAUGAGCUCCGACCAGAGCAGGCACCCUCCUCCUCCACCUUCUGUGCCACCACCGCCCUCACCACCGCACUCCCACCACGAUCGUGCUGAUCACGACCGCUACCACCACAGUCGUACGCACCACGAUCAGACUUACCGUGGUCAUGUCCACCACGAUCGCGGCAACCACAAUCACACUCAACGCGACCGCAACCACCACAAUCAUGCCAGCCACGAUUCCAACCACCAUGAUGAGACCCACCGUGAACACACCCACGCGAGCUACCGGCAGCAGCCACCAACUCCACCACCAGUACCAGUACAACCACCACCAUCGCCACCACCACUGCCAGCUGACCGCCCCUCGGCAUUGCCUGCGGUGCCGCUGGGUAAUGGAUCUCUGCUGGGAGGGAGGGCGGCACAAGGACCCCUGGAGCCGGGUGGCCAAGCGGGCAGUGCCACGUGCCUGUCGGACCACGGCACCAUCGAGCUGUCCAGGCCGCUGGCGCUCGAGGAUUUGGACGCCCCCGGCCUGGACUUCGCCCGAUCUGCGGCUGCGAUGUCGGCGUCCGAGCUGGCGCUGCCGCUGCUGACGCUGAGCGGGGACAGCCAGCGAGCGCUGCCAGAUCGGCUCGCCCAGCCCUCGCUCUCGCUGCCACCGAUUGCCGCGGUGGCGCCGGGGGCCGCCGGCCUCACCACGCCGCCGGCGCUGAGCGGGAUGGCGCUCCUCACGCUGCCGCCGCAGUCGGCGCUGCCAACUUUCCUGCCGCCGCCGCCGCUGCCACCGUUCAUCAAAAGCGGCGCCGGGCUUGCAUUCGCUGGGGUGCCCACGCUACGGGCUGCGCCGCCCAGCCGCCCCGUCACCGCCUGGCCUCCCAGCGAUCAUCACGGUCAGCCGCAAGCACACGCCGGCGCUCCCCACGCCGCGGUCGUACCGCCAGCGCCGCCGCCAGCGCCGCCGCCAGCGCACCUCGACCUCUCUCAGUACGACCCUCGCUCGCUCCAGGAGGCCCGCGAGCAGCAGGCGCGUCGCUCCCAGCGCAGGCCGAACGUAGCUCACGCGCACCUCAACCUGGACAUGUACGAGCUGUCGGGAGCCCCGCGCGACGGCCCCGCGUCGCUGCCCCCGCCACGUCUGGCGGCCACCGCUGGCGGCGCCGGCCCCGCCGCACCGGCGUUCCUGGUGGCGUCCGGACAGGAGGCAGCGGCGGCGGUGGCGCCGGCGGCGUGGCCGCUCUUGGGCUUUGAACAAGGUGCGGCGUCGUACCAGACGGCGCACCUUGCCUACGGCGAGCCGCCACCGCCGCCGCCACCCCCGACCGUGAACUUGAUGCUCCCGCCGAUGGCUGUGCCGAACGCCGCCGGGCAGACGCUCGCCCUGCCACUCCUGCACCUCCCGGCGCUACCGCCCGUUGCGAGUCCGGCGCGCGCUCCAUCUCCUCCACGCUCCGUUCCCCACCUCAUCCCGCUCUCCCAGCUACAAGGCAUCCAGAAUGGGGGGCUGCCCCCAGAAAACCUCGGCUCCAGUGGGCUACAGCUGAUCUCCACGGCCCCCCCAAACGAGCGUGACGCGAGGAGGAGGAGACGCCGGGCAGAGGAGACGGACCCCGAUACGUCCAACAAGAGACCGUCCGUGUCCUUUAGACCCGAGGAGUCCAUCAUCCCCACGGAGGCACGACCACGGACGCGCGAGGAGUCGCAGCAGACAGAAGUUGACCUGGACGGAGACGGAUACGUGAUCAGAGCCGGUGCGUUCAGGGACAUGCUGGCGCGGCAGGAAGUGCUGCGAGGCGCCGUCCCCUCCUCGGCCGAGCUUCACCUGUUUGCCAGCACCGGCAAGAACGCGACGAGCAAGCGGCACGCGGCCACCAACACCACCACGACAGACGACAUCAGACCCGUGCUGGCUGGGCACAUUCUGCCCCCGGACGUCGUGUUUGGACUACGCUACCCGGACCGGCAGGGGGGAGUCACAGCCUCGACGGCUCCCCACAGUCAGCCCAGCGAGCAGGUGCCGCUGGCGCGCCGCUUCAUCAACGUGGUGGACAUCGACGGCGAACAGCUCAGGGACCUGCCGGCAGCUGGGGCGGCGUCCGUGGGCGAGGCGGCCCGGCCCGCCGCCCUCCCCGAGCCGUCGAGCGCCGAGCUGCACCUCCUGGCGGCCUCCGUGCUCAACGCGGCGACGCCGCUACCAGGCCGCGAGCGCCAGCCUUCGCCAUCCCGCGGCGACCGUCUCACCGGGCGGCUGCUGCAGCAGGAGGACGAUCCGAUGCCGGCGCCGGCACCAGCGCCGCCGGCCGAACAACAGGAAGGCGCCGGGGAUGCGGGGACGGCGUGGGGAGCGGCAGCGCGGGGGGCCGGCGGGUCCGGCGGGCUCGGGGGGGCGCACGGCCGCGCGGCCGCCCGGCUGCGGCACAUGGACGCACAGCUGGCGGCGUUGCAGCGCGUGGCGCACAGCGUGGAGGCCGACUUCCGCAGCGCUCACCUGCUUGUGGACACCAUUGAGCAGCUGGGUGGAGUCGUGCUGCCUAAAGACCCCGAGGUGACGUCUGGACGCCACGCCGCAUGGCGAGGCCCCGCCACGGACAGAGAGCUGGGGCAGGCGGGUGGGUGGGCAGCGCCGUCACAGUGGGAGCUGGACGUGGAUGAAGCGGAGAACGGGCACCUGCCGUCCAGCGGCACAUCCGUGGACGUCUUGGGAAGGGACGUGCCAUCACCGACCCUCCCCGAUGCGGGUAACGGAGAGCUAAUUUACGGCGCGGACAGGGACGAGGAGUUGCGCUGGAGUGGCCUCACAGGAGUGAGUGACAUCAUCGCCGACAUCGUCAGAGACGGCGGUGCGGCCGACAUGGGGCUCAGCCCAUCGCAGGCACAGAGGAUAGUCGCCGAGAGCGCCGCGCGUGGUGGUGGGCGCUCGCCGCCGGAGGACGACGAGGCCGAGCGGCGCCGGCUGCGCGAGUGGAUGAAGCAGCGCCGGCUGCAGCAGCUGGCUGAGUUCCGGCGCGAGCGCGCGGGGCUGCGCGAUCGCGAGCGCGCCCCGUUCACCUCCGCCUCCUCCAAGCCGCCCGCGGCCGACGGGAAGCCGCUGAAGCUGUCGCUGAAGGAGAAGGAGGAGAGGGACAGGCUGACCCGGGCGCAGCAUGCGGAGCGCAGGGCAGAGGAUGCGCGUGUGCUCAUGGGGCAGCUCCUGUCCGAGACGGCUCCAACUGCCUCCCGGCGGCCCGGGGCCCCUACAGCUCGUGCACGGAGCCUCACUCCCACACGCGGGGCCGUCGACGCAUUCCGAAGCAGGAGCAGCUCCUCCGGCAGGGAUCGGCCCUCGGCGCACGGCGUUGCGAGACGCGGAACGCCGGCGCCGACCGGGCUGCGCCAAACCCCGGCCGCCGCCAGGCCGCGCAGCGCCAGCGCCGGCCGGACCCGGCAGCCGCCACCGGCGAGGGCCCGUGCCGUCUCGUUCAGCAGCCGCGUGGCCACGGGCCCCUCGAGCGUCGGCGCUCGGCCUCCCCGGCGGGGAGAACUCGGCGCCACCCGCACCCUCCGCUCGGCCGAGGAGCGCGGCCGCAGCGCCGGCUCUGCCGCCGCUCCGCUCCGUCCGGCUCUGAAACAGCCGAUGCAGUCUCCGCCGCACCGCGCCGCCGCCGCCGCCACCGCCGCCCUCCGCAGGCCGGGCUCCGGCGGGAGAGCGCACUCGCCGCUCAGGGCCGGGAGAGGAGCAGAACUGCCGGGCGCCGACGCCCGUCGGAACGGAGCGAGGAGGGAGGACGGAGCGAGGAUGGUUGAGGAGAGGUGGCGGACCACCGGGGAGAGCCGGGCGGUGGGAGACUCGGCGGAGCUCUCCGCGAUGAGCAACUGGAGCGUGCCGGACGACGUGCGGAGACUGCUCGACAGGGACGAUGGCGGCAGCCUGCUGGGGGUUCCGGGAUUGCCCGAGGACCGAGACACGGACCUGGAGGCCUUGAACGUGCGCGCGGGCCGAGCUCGCAACGCAGCAGCAGCAGCAGCAGGAGGAGGAGGUGGCGACGAUGAUAACGACGUGUCGCAGAGCACCGGCAGCAUCCUGUGCAACACCGACUGGGGCGCCGUCGAUUACAUGUUGGCGAGCCUGCAGCAUCACUCCUGACGGCCGCCCCGUGUGUCCGUGUGAGUCUGUGUGGUCUCCAUGUGAGUCUGUGGCUCUCUGCGCAAGUCCAUGCGAGUCUUAGGAUCAAUUGUGCGAGUCUGUGGCUCUCUGCGCGAGUCCAUGCGAGUCUUAGGAUCAAUUGUGCGAGUCUGUGGCUCUCUGCGUGAGUCCAUGCGAGUCUUAGGAAAAUGUGCGUGGGUUUAUAGGCCUCACUGUGUGAGUCUUGUGAGUCUCCAUGUGAGUCUGUGGGUCUCCAUGUGGCUGUGUGGCUCUCUGCGUGAGUCCAUGUAGGACUCAGGAUCUAACGUGCGAAUCUAUGGGUCUCUGUGUGAACCUGGGUCUUUGUGAGUGUAUUGGGCCUUCUGUGAUUCGAUGUUUUAGGAUCUUUGUGUGAGAUUAUGGGUUUCUGUGAAUCUAUAAUUCUUGGGAUCUUCUGUGCCAGUCUAUUUGUCACUGUAUGACCCUGCAAUGAGCUGGGCAUGAGUCGUCUCAGCUGUUAUAGGUGUAUGUGGCAGUCUGUGGUAUUGGCACGUUAUAGGCGAAUGUGAGCGUUUGUGGGUUUGGCAUGGUACGAGACUAAGCCUAUGUUUGUGUUCUUUUUUUUACACGAUUGAUGAGCACAGGCCCCAAGGCUUUAAAACGUCAAGCGGUCAGCAACAAACAGCACUAUAAAAGUUGUAAGAGUUGAUGCGUUUCUCGAAUUGAGCACGGUUAUUACCGGAGCUCGGGAAGAGAGAGAGAGAUGACGAUGGGAGGAGGAGGAGGGUAACCUCACCCGUCUCGCUGCGAGGGCGCCGAGCGGCGAGAAGCCAAAAUCGACAAAUAAUGAACGCCUCGAAUAAGCCGAGUGGCCUUUUUGUGUUUUUACUGCAGCUCACAGGGAUUCUCGCUGCCCGAAAGGCGUUUUGUGUGGUCAUGACUGAACGGACUUCACACACGUACUCCUAGUUCUUUCGGUAAAGUCGCGUAGGUAAAAAAUGAUUUCAAUUUCUACCUACGUGACUUUACCGAAAUAACUAAGAGUAUGAUACCUUGCAGUCACGAAAGCUCAAAUCUAGGACUUCACACAUGAUCGCCAAACCCCCCUCACCCCCCCCCCCCCCCCGUUCCAUACCUGCGACAUCGAGGCGGCCACCUCCCAGCCUAGGGCCAGCCGAAUAGUGGCAGUACAGCAAGAAGGAUCGAAUCCAUCUUUGCUGGGGAUUGAGUGAUACCGCCCAUGCACAGGUGCGUUUUCUCCGGGGCUCGCCCGGUUUCCUGCCACGUGUAUAAACACUCAGUAGAAGGGAAAUAAUAAAAUAAUAAAAAUACAACAUCAUUAAAUAAUUCUCACGACGUUUCGGCCACAACGCAAGCAGCCGUCCUCAGGUCAAGACCAGGUCUGUCGAAAAUUAAACACUCAGUUUUCACGGACUUGGUCAAACAUCCCGACUAACAGGGCCACGGAUUGUUGGUGCCGGCUCUGGCCGUUGUUGUGUCUGUUUAGUCCGUCAGCCUAUCAGCUUCCCGAACCAACCUGUAUCCAGCAGCGUCUCCGGGCCGCUGUGAAAACGUUUUGUUUUCCCCGUCGGCUGACAGCGGAGAGAGCGAUCCCUUGGUGGUCUGGCGGCUCGCGGAGGAUCCGGAUUGCGGAUUGACGGCGCUCGCGAACGCCGCCUUGCGACCCGCCACGCCGUGUUAUCCACGGGCUACUGCUCUACUCGUGGGAGGGGUCCGGUGGCUCGGAGGCCGCGUGAUUGCAAAAUCGUCGGCGAGUAAACCCGGUGGCGAGCGACAAAACACGUUCCCUUAACCCGGUCCGCACCCGAGCGCUCUGGAAACCGCGCAACUUAGAUCUCCUGCAACCGCUGUGUCCACGCAACUGAGCGAACAGGAGCCCGAUAAGGACUUUGGUGUGUGGCCUCGCACUUGACGGCAUAGACUCACCUCCCCCCCCCGCUCCUGGUCAGAUUGUAACUCGCGAUUUUGAGCACGCGGUGAGCCACGCCGCUACAAAUUUUGGGAGCAGAUAGCCGCUUGAAAGUUGUUUCUGCGUGACUACAGUCAAAAAGAAGUUCUUCUAAACUCAUCCCUUAACAACCUAUUUUUGUGUUUUAGUUUGUCGCCCACCCACGAUUUUGCUACGUACGGUGCGAAAGAAGUUCAACAUACGGUGCUUACAACAACAACUUAGAUGCGUGCAACUGCUCGCUCGGGUGCGGACCCAGCUCAUAGCCGAACGAGCGUGGUGCGUGUUCAUGUCAUCCGUGGCCAUCCCUCCCCCAUCCCUCCCCCACCCCUCUGCCCCUGCCCCAGACAAUUGAGCGUUGGCCGCGUUCAAAACGUGUGUGUGGAGUGGGCGAGCGAAGAUCUCCGUAUCAUUUAAUUUUGUGACUGCGACGGUCGAGCGCAAAGCGGCGGAGGCGCCACCGGAUGGCAGGAAGAUGGUCGUCUUUCCCCGGUCGGCCACGGACACAGCGGCCUGCUGCUCCGGUGGCGAGGGUUGCGAGGGCUGCAAUAUUUCUACAGCGGGUUGUGUUUUGCAAUCUGAUGAAAUGUUCGCGAUUUUACACGGAACGCGCCUUUUCUCUGUGCGGACUGCGGCGGUGUCCAAACACGGAACGUCUUGAAUGUGACCGAAUCGCCGUGGGAAAUGAGACGCAAUUAUAUUUUUUGUUAUGAA